GUUUGUAGGUUCUGUCAAAAACCAAAAGGAAAGGAAAGAUGAAGGACGCAGAUGUGUCGCAGCAGAUCCAGCAGAUGAUCAGGUUCAUCCGCCAAGAGGCCGAGGAGAAAGCCAAUGAAAUAUCUGUUGCGGCGGAGGAGGAGUUCAAUAUUGAGAAACUUCAAUUACUUGAAGCUGAGAAGAGAAAGAUCAGACAAGAGUACGAGCGAAAAGCCAAACAAAUUGAUGUUCGUAGAAAGAUUGAGUACUCAAUGCAGCUGAAUGCAUCCCGUAUAAAGGUUCUCCAAGCACAAGAUGAGCUGGUGAAUUCUAUGAAGGAUUCUGCUAAAAAGGGCCUUUUACGCAUCUCAAAUGAUAAGAAAGCUUACAAGAAACUCGUCAAAGACAUGAUCGUUCAGGGUUUACUACGGCUGAGGGAACCAUCAGUGCUACUAAGAUGCAGAGAGGGUGAUCGAAAGCUAGUAGAGUCUGUGCUCGAUGAAGCGAAAAAACAAUACUCCGAGAAAGCCAACAUGCAAGCCCCAAAGGUUACCCUUGAUGAUCGUGUUUACCUCCCACCACCUCCUAAAAACGGUGCAACGGAUUCACAUGAACCUUUUUGCUCCGGAGGAGUGAUAUUGGCUUCUGAGGAUGGGAAGAUAGUGUUGGAGAACACCCUUGACGCACGUCUUGAUGUCAUUUUCCGCCAAAAAUUGCCCGAGGCAUGUUCAUUAUCACACACUCCUUCUAUUCAUUUUGUUGCAUGCAUGUUUGGAUACACAACGAAAAAUCACGAAGAAAUCCAAAUCAUAGUGGACAACCUCAAAAGUUAAGAGAAGUUGUUUAUAUCCACCGUAAUUUUGACUCAUUGUGUAACCAAACAUGCCCUCUGUUGGAUUGACAACAUUUGACUUGUUAAGGUUACUAAUUGUUUUACUCAAUCAAGUACAUGCAGAUAAGGAAGCACUUGUUAGGUUGAACAACAUGCUGCUAUCUGCAUUCUGUGUUUAUAUCAGCAAAUGGAAGAGCAAUGAAAUUGCCACCUCUCGUGAAAUUUGAUCUAAGCAAGUGAAACCCAUUUUCCAUUUUUAUUUUCCAAUUUCCAUCAUGUGUUUGUAUGUUUUGUAUUUUUUUUGUUUAAUAAGUUAGACUUGUUGAAGAAUAUU